GGCGGCGCUGCCACUGCGGAGCAUGUCACCGGCCAGCGAGCUAGCGCUGGCGCCCCUCUCUCCGCUCGGCAUGUCCGCGUCUGGACUGAGCUCCGGCUUGGGCGUCGGCGGCUUGGGCGUCGGCGGGGCGGGCAUGGGCGGCGGGCUCACUGUGGACGUCGCCGAUGCCGGUCUCCACGCCUUCUCGUCCGUGGCGCUGGCGGGCGGCGGCGUCGCCGGCGGCGGCGACAGCUCCCUCUUCUCCGACCUCGUCUCUGCCAUGGGCGCUGAGGCCAGCGGCGCGUACGGCGGCGCCGUGCCUGUGAGCGCCGCCAUCCCGCUGCACGCGCCCGGCGGCGCAGCCCAACAGGGCGAGGCGUCGCUCUCGCCGCUGGGGGUGACUCAUUUGCCCGGCAUGCCGCCGGCCUUUCCGACGCCGUACGGCAGCGCGCUGGCGACGGCGCCUGACGACGGGCCCAUCCUUCAGCUCGCCGAGCUCGCCGCGGCGGAAAGCUGGACCGUCAUGUCGUCGCAGGGGAACAUGCACGUCUCCUGGCGGCAGCGGGGUGGGCGGCUGCUCUGGCGCGCGGUGGCCGAGGGUGUCCCCGCCAUGCCCGCAAUGGUCGCCGCGGCCGUGCGCCACACGCUGGGGCAGUGGGGCGAGGCGGACGGCGUCAUCGGACAGGUCCGCGUGCUGUCCGAGGGUGGCGGGGUGCCGUGGUGGGUCAACGAUUGCGGCCCGUGCUUUGAGCAAGUGCUGCACGCGACCACGCGGCACGACUCCGGCCUCUCCAAGUUCUUUCAGCAGCGCGACCUCGUCUUCCGCUCCGUCUGGCACACACACCUGCCGCAUGCGGCCCACGAUCGAUGCGGCGGCGCCCGAGGUGAGCGGCGUGAUGCGUGUGCCGCUCAACGUCGACGUCGCGGUCGUGCCCGACCCCACCGAGCCCAACGGGUCGUCCAUGUACGUGCUCAUCGACCCGGGCGCUGCCAACGCGCACUUUGUCUCGUACAACCACAGGCAGCUCAUCACUUGGAUGCGGCGCACGCACGAGACCGCGGCUGUGCUCCAGGCGUAUGCCGGCAACGCCACCACGACAGGCGGACAGGCGCACGCCGAGGCAGAGGCGAAUGCCGCCGAGCCGAACUGAAGCAUGAUGUCCUCCCGAAGCCAACCCGGGCGCUGCAUGAGGGCCCCUUCCUCCUUUCGAUCCGUCACACCCGGAUUCUCUCACCCCUGUCUGUUGGCGCUCCCACUGCCCGCCCUCCGCCCUCCGCCGGACCAUCCGACCUACUUGCCAGUGGUGAGCGAGCGCGCCCCGCGCCGAGACCGUCUGUCUGUACGUGCGGGUCGGAGCACGCGUCGCCGGCAGUGCCAUGUGCCGCGGCGGUACAUACACGGAAAUCGGACACACUACGAAGCUACAGCCUACACUCGAAGUAAAGCUCACUAAAUAU